AUGUAUUAUUUUGAGGCUUCAGGAUAUAUUUUCACAAACCCUUUAUCGACUUAUUUAUUGAAGCGACUCUUCGGCCUUUAGGACAGCCAGUCUUGGAUAGACGAAUCGGUACUGGAAUACGUGAAAACAUGCACCAGGAUGAACUCUAUCAGGAUUUCCCCUUCGCUAUCCGGUGUGAAAGCAGUGACACAGUGGUAUUCGUCCCCUUUCCACGAGGCGCACGCUAUGGGGAUGUGCGGAAGACCCUGGCUGGGCUUCUAGAACGGCCCUUUCUCACAACUAGUAUCGCUCCAUACCCGGCAGAUGGCCCACGGAGUAUUGCUCCAGGCACUGUGCUGACUCCUUUUGUUGACAGUGAUGUGAUAGUGGUAGAUGACGGACCCAUUUUGCGUGCCCACAUUCUAACCCCAAAUGGCUCCGGUGAAUGGGUAACAGAGUAGCAUGCCUGUGUGCGAGAGGAGCUUAAAGAGCUGCUACAAUAUAGCUCGUUCAGCCUGCGCAGACAUUUCCUGCGAGCAUUUCUUCAUGUCCGUGGCUUUGUUUGAAAAUAACAGAAAAA